CAAUAAGGGGAGAUUGGGAGAGAGAGUUGUGUUAUUGCGAUCCCCGGGCGCAUACCAGGCGCUCACUUCAGCGGAAGGGUCGCUCCGAGAGAAGUUCCCGUGGCGGGACGCCCCAGAGACCGGUACCCCCGCGCAGUCGCGACAAGACUGUGAGCGCUCGCUCUCUUCACCAUGAGCAACCCGAGUCAAAAGCUGGGCUCGCCCGCAGCACCAGCGACGGCGGCGGCAGCGGCAGCGGCAGCAGACGGAGAGAUGCCGGCCACCGAGAAGGACCUGGCGGAUGACGCGCCCUGGAAAAAGAUCCAGCAGAACACGUUCACUCGUUGGUGUAACGAGCACCUCAAGUGUGUGAAUAAGCGGAUCGCCAACUUACAGACGGACCUGAGCGAUGGGUUGCGCCUCAUCGCCCUGCUGGAGGUUCUCAGCCAGAAGAAGAUGUUCCGAAAGUUUAACCAGCGACCCAACUUCAGGCAGAUGCAACUGGAGAACGUGUCGGUGGGCUUAGAAUUCUUGGAUCGGGAAAAUAUCAAGUUGGUCUCUAUCGACAGCAAGGCCAUUGUUGACGGCAAUUUGAAGCUGAUCCUGGGGUUGAUAUGGACCCUCAUCCUGCACUACUCCAUCUCCAUGCCCGUGUGGGACGAGGAGGACGACGAGGCAAAGAAGCAGACGCCCAAACAGCGCCUGCUCGGCUGGAUCCAGAACAAGCUGCCAGACAUGCCCAUCACCAACUUCAGCCGCGACUGGCAGUCGGGCAAGGCUCUAGGCGCCUUGGUGGACAGCUGUGCUCCCGGCCUGUGUCCUGACUGGGAGACCUGGGAUGGGACGAGACCCGUGGACAACGCCCGAGAGGCAAUGCAGCAGGCUGACGACUGGCUGGGCAUUCCCCAGGUUAUCACCCCCGAGGAAAUUCUGGACCCCAACGUGGACGAGCAUUCCGUCAUGACCUACCUGUCGCAGUUUCCCAAAGCCAAGCUCAAACCGGGGGCUCCCCUUCGGCCAAAACUCAAUCCAAAGAAAGCCAGAGCCUAUGGACCAGGCAUCGAACCAACUGGGAAUGUGGUGAUGAGGAAGGCGGAAUUCACCGUGGAGACGGUGAGCGCCGGGCUCGGUGAGGUGCUGGUUUACGUUGAAGACCCUGCAGGUCAUCGUGAGGAGGCGAAGGUGACGGCAAAUAACGACAAAAACCGCACCUACUCCGUGUACUACAUACCCAAAGUGGUUGGACUUCACAAGGUGACCGUACUGUUCGCAGGGCAGCACAUCUCCAAGAGCCCCUUCGAGGUGACGGUGGGGAAGGCACAGGGGGAUGCCAGCAAGGUGACGGCCCAGGGUCCCGGGCUGGAGCCACUGGGAAACGUCGCCAACAAGGCCACCUACUUCGACGUCUACACCGCAGGCGCCGGGGUCGGCAACGUGACGGUAAUCGUGACCGACCCAAACGGCAAGGAGGACACGGUCAGCGUGGAGCUGGAGGACCGGGGAAACAACUGCUACCGCUGUACCUACCGGCCCACCGUCGAGGGUCUCCACACCAUCACCAUCAGCUUCGCCGGCGCCCCCAUCCCCAAGAGCCCCUAUUCGGUCACCAUCGCCAAAGCGUGUAACCCCAACGCCUGCCGGGCCAUCGGCAGGGGGCUGCAGCCCAAGGGCGUGCGGCUAAAGGAGACGGCGGACUUCAAAGUGUACACCCAGGGAGCGGGCAGCGGGGAGCUGAAAGUGCUGGUGAAGGACCCGAAGGGUCUCGAGGAACUGGUCAGGCAGAAGGAUCUGGGCGAAGGUGUCUACGCUUGUGAGUACUACCCCAACACGCCAGGCACCUACACCGUCACCAUCACCUGGGGCGGCCAGCACAUUCCUCGCAGCCCCUUUGAGGUGAAGGUGGGGUCCGAGGCCGGGCCUCAGAAGGUGAGGGCGUGGGGUCCAGGCCUGGAGGGAGGAGUGGCUGGACAAUCGGCUGACUUUGUGGUGGAGGCCAUCGGCACCGACGUUGGGACCCUGGGUUUCUCCGUCGAGGGGCCGUCCCAAGCCAAGAUCGAGUGCGACGACAAGGGGGACGGCUCGUGCGACGUCCGCUACUGGCCCACGGAGCCCGGGGAGUACGCCGUCCACGUCCUCUGUAACAACGAGGACAUCAAGUACAGCCCCUUCAUGGCCGACAUCCAGGCCGCCCCGCCCAACUUCAAGCCCGACAAGGUUCGCGCCUACGGCCCAGGCUUGGAGAGCACGGGGAACGUCAUCAACAAGCCGGCGGAGUUCACCAUCGACGCCAAGAGUGCGGGGAAGAGCCAGCUGAAGGUGUAUGGCCAGGACGCAGAGGGGAUGUCGAUCGACGUGCGGGUCCGUGAUAACAAAGACGGCACAUACUCGUGCUCCUACACGCCGAAGCAGCCAAUCAAACACACCGUCCUGGUGUCUUGGGGCGGGGUCAGCAUCCCCAACAGCCCCUUCCGGGUCAAUGUCGGAGCAGGCAGCCACCCGCAGAAGGUCAAGGUCUACGGGCCGGGGGUGGCGAAAACAGGCCUGAAGGCCUUUGAGCCGACGUACUUCACCGUGGACUGCGCUGAGGCCGGACAAGGUGACGUCAGCAUCGGGAUUAAGUGUGCCCCCGGUGUGGUGGGGCCAGCGGAGGCCGACAUCGAUUUUGACAUUAUCCGCAACGACAACGACACCUUCACUGUGAAGUACACUCCCCCUGGUGCGGGCCACUAUACCAUCAUGGUGUUGUUCGCCGACCAGGCCAUUCCGAUGAGCCCCCUCCGCGUGAAGGUGGAACCCUCCCACGAUGCCAGCAAGGUGAAGGUCGAGGGUCCCGGACUGAGCCGGACUGGAGUGGAGAUGGGCAAACCGACCCACUUCACAGUCCACACCAAGGGAGCUGGCAAGGCCAAACCCAAUGCCCAGUUCACCGGGCCGACAAAGGGCGAGGCGGUGCGAGACAUGGAGAUUGUCGACAACCACGACGAGACCUACACUGUCAAGUACACGCCAGUGCAGCAGGGUAACCUCGGUAUCAGCAUCACCUAUGGAGGUGACUCCAUCCCCAAGAGCCCCUUCAAUGUUGGCGUGGCGCCCUCCGUCGACCUGAGCAAGAUUAAAAUCACCGGGCUCAACGACAAGGUGGAGGUCAGCACGGACCAGGAGUUCACGGUGAAGUCGAAGGGCGCAGGAGGGCAGGGCAAGGUGGCCGCCAAGAUCCUGGGUCCCAAUAACAAGGUGGUGCCCUGCAAGGUGGAGCCGGGGCUCAGCGCGGACAACAGCAUCGUCAAGUUCAUCCCCCAGACCGAGGGGCCCUACCAGGUGGACCUGACCUACGACGGGAUCCCCGUGCCGGGCAGCCCCUUCCCCGUCGAGGCUGUGGCCCCCUCCAACCCUUCCAAGGUUAAGGCCUAUGGACCAGGCCUGCGAGGUGGAGUGGUGGGAUCGCCUGCCCCCUUCACCAUCGACACGAAAGGAGCCGGGGCGGGAGGUCUCGGCCUGACAGUGGAGGGCCCCUGUGAGGCCAAGAUCGAGUGCCUGGACAAUGGUGACGGGACCUGCUCCGUGUCCUACCUUCCCACCGAGCCCGGUGACUACUCCAUCAACAUCCUGUUCGCCGAGUCCCACAUCCCUGGCUCGCCCUUCAAGGCCAAGGUCCAGGGCUCCUUCGAUGCAUCCAAGGUGAAGGCCUCAGGCCCAGGCCUGGAGCGGGCCAGGGCCGGCGAGCUGGGCAACUUCGUGGUGGACUGCAGCAACGCCGGCGCGGCCGAGCUCACCAUCGAGAUCAUCUCGGAGUCCGGGGCGCCGGCUGAGGUCCACGUGCAGGACAACGGCGACGGGACCUAUACGAUCACCUACAUCCCCCUCUACCCGGGCACCUACACCAUCACCAUCAAAUACGGCGGGCAGCUUGUGCCCAAUUUCCCUGCCAAGCUGGAGGUGGAGCCGGCCAUCGACACUUCCGGCGUCCAGGUCUACGGGCCUGGAGUGGAGGGACUGGGAGUGUACCGGGAGGCAACGACGGAAUUCGAGGUGGACGCCCGGAAGCUGACCAGCACCGGGGGCAAGCACGUCCAAGCCCGCAUCACCAACCCCUCGGGUUCCCACACCGACACUGUGAUUCAGGACAAGGGUGACGGUACCUACAAAGUUGAAUACACUCCGUUUGAGGAAGGUGUACACUCCAUCGACGUUUCCUAUGACGACUCUCCCGUUCCCAAGAGCCCGUUCAAGGUGCCCGUGAAGGAAGGCUGUGACGCCGGCAGGGUGCGGGCCUAUGGACCAGGCCUGGAUGGUGGAAUCACCAACAAGCCCAACAAGUUCACCGUGGAGACCAGGAACGCAGGGACCGGUGGCCUGGGCCUCGCUGUCGAAGGCCCGUCCGAGGCCAAGAUCACCUGCAAGGACAACAAAGAUGGCAGCUGCUCUGUGGAAUACACGCCGUAUGAGCCGGGGACCUACGACGUCAUCAUCACCUACGGAGGCCAGCAGAUACCCGGAAGUCCAUUCAAGGUUCCGGUCGGAGACACCGUCGACGCCACCAAGGUCAAGUGCUCGGGGCAGGGCCUAGGAAACAACGUCCGAGCCAACGUCCCACAAUCCUUCACCGUUGACACGAGCAAGGCAGGAGUGGCCCCUCUCAACGUCAGCGUGCUUGGGCCUAAAGGGGUGGUGGAACCAGUGCAGAUCGUGGACAAUCCCAACAGGACCAAGACGGUCAACUACGUCCCCACCUGCGAAGGCCCCUACACCAUUGGCGUCCAGUACGGUGAUCAGGAGAUCCCACGGAGCCCCUACAAGGUGAAGGUUCUACCCACCCACGAUGCCAGCAAGGUCAGGGCCAGCGGACCGGGCCUCAACACGACCGGCGUGCCUGCCAGCCUGCCCGUGGAGUUCACCAUCGACGCCAAGGAUGCAGGCGAGGGCCUACUGACGGUCCAGAUCACCGACCCCGAGGGGAAGCCCAGGAAGGCGAACAUCCGCGACAACGGCGACGGCACCUACACCGUCUCCUACAUCCCGGCCAUGGCCGGUCGCUACACCAUCCUCAUCAAGUACGGUGGCGACGAGAUCCCGUACUCCCCGUACCGCAUCCGAGCCCUGCCCACCGGCGACGCCAGCAAGUGCACGGUCACAGUGUCAAUCGGAGGUCACGGCCUAGGUGCUGGGAUUGGCCCCACCAUCCAGAUCGGCGAGGAGACGGUGAUCACCGUGGACGCCAAGGCAGCAGGGAAGGGCAAGGUGACUUGCACGGUGUGCACGCCCGACGGCUCCGAGGUUGACGUGGACGUGGUGGAGAAUGAGGACGGCACCUUUGACAUCUUCUACACUGCCCCCCAGCCGGGCAAAUACGUCAUCUGCGUCCGCUUCGGGGGCGAGCACGUCCCCAACAGCCCCUUCCAGGUCACGGCGACGGAGGGAGACGAGAUCAGCCCACAGCAGAUCAGUCAGCAACGAGCAGCACCCAACUACGGCUGGGCUCCUGAUCGUCCGGUGGGGGUCAACGGCAUGGACUCCACAGCGCUCCGGCCCUUCGACUUGGUCAUCCCCUUCACCAUCAAGAAAGGGGAGAUUACAGGUGAAGUCCUGAUGCCCUCCGGGAAGAAGGCCAAACCCUACAUCGCGGACAACAAGGACGGGACGGUGACGGUCAAGUUCGCCCCCACCGAGCUCGGCCUCCACGAGAUGAGCAUCAAGUACGAUGGGAAUCACAUCCCAGGGAGCCCCCUCCAGUUCUACGUGGACUUUGUCAACAGCGGCCACGUCAACGCCUACGGACCCGGUCUGAUCCACGGCGUGGUCAACAAGCCCGCCGUCUUCACCGUCGAUACCAAGGACGCCGGAGAGGGCGGCCUGUCCCUGGCCAUCGAGGGCCCAUCGAAAGCUGACAUCAGUUGUCUGGACAACAAGGAUGGGACGUGCACCGUCUCCUACCUGCCCGUGUUGCCAGGAGACUACAACAUCCUGGUUAAAUAUAACGACAAGCACAUUCCUGGAAGUCCCUUCGUAUCCAAGAUCACAGGGGACGACUCCAUGCGGAUGUCCCAGCUGAAGGUGGGGUCGUUGACGGACAUCCCCCUGGAGAUCGGUGAGACCGACCUGGGCCAGCUGGUGGCCACCGUCGUCGCCCCCUCCGGCCGGGAGGAGUCCUGCCUUCUCAAGCGGCUUCGCGACGGCAACAUCGGCAUCUCGUUCACUCCCAAGGAGGUGGGCGAGCACGUGGUGAACAUUAAGAAGAAUGAUCGCCACAUCGCCAACAGCCCCAUCACCGUCAUGAUAAACCAAUCAGAGGUGGGCGACGCCGGGCGGGUACGAGUGACCGGCCCGGGGCUGACGGAGGCGCACACCUUCGAGCCUGCCGACUUCACCAUCGACACCAGGGAUGCCGGUUAUGGCGGCCUGGGCCUCUCCAUCGAGGGCCCCAGUAAAGUGGAUAUCAGCACCGAGGAGCUGGAUAAUGGCAGCUGCAAGGUCACCUACUGCCCCACCGAGCCUGGGAACUACAUCAUCAACAUCAAGUUUGCCGACCAGCAUGUGCCAGGCAGCCCGUUCACGGUGAAGGUGACAGGCGAGGGGCGAGUGAAGGAGAGUAUCACACGGAGACGCAAGGCUGCCUCGGUUGCCAACGUCGGCAGCCAGUGCGACCUCAACUUGAAGAUUCCCGAGAUAAACGUGGGGGACAUGACCGCCCAGGUGACGAGUCCUUCCGGAAAGAUCCAUGAGGCGGAGAUCAUGGAGGGCGAGGAGAGCACGUACUGCAUCCGCUUCGUGCCGACGGAGAUGGGCGUCCACACGGUCAGCGUGAAGUACCGGGGCCAGCACGUGCCCGGCAGCCCGUUCCAGUUCACCGUGGGGCCACUGGGCGAGGGUGGCGCGCACAAGGUGCGGGCUGGGGGCCCCGGCCUGGAGAGGGCUGAAGCUGGCAUUCCAGCCGAGUUCAACAUCUGGACGCGGGAAGCGGGCGCCGGAGGCCUCUCCAUCGCCGUCGAGGGCCCCAGCAAGGCGGAGAUCGCCUUCGAGGAUCGGAAAGACGGAUCGUGUGGAGUGUCCUACAUCGUGCAGGAGCCCGGUGACUACGAGGUGUCGAUCAAGUUCAACGACGAUCACAUCCCGGACAGCCCCUUCAUCGUGCCCGUGGCCUCCCCGUCGGACGACGCCCGCCAGCUCACUGUUACGAGUCUUCAGGAGUCCGGCCUAAAAGUUAACCACCCAGCAUCCUUUGCUGUCUGCCUGAACGGGGCAAAGGGCAUGAUAGAUGCCAAAGUUCACAGUCCGUCAGGGGCGUUGGAGGAGUGUUGCGUGUCCGAGAUUGAUGAAGAUAAGUACGCGGUCCGAUUCAUCCCCCGGGAGAACGGCAUCUACCUGAUCGACGUGAAGUUCAACGGCUCGCACAUCCCCGGAAGUCCCUUCAAGAUCCGCGUGGGCGAGCCCGGCCAGGCUGGUGAUCCGGGAAUGGUGUCGGCGUCAGGACCCGGACUGGAAGGAGGCGUCACUGGCGUACCCACCGAGUUCAUCGUCAACACCUCCAAGGCCGGGCCGGGGGCCCUCUCCGUCAGCAUCGACGGGCCGUCCAAGGUGAAGAUGGACUGCCGGGAGUGUGCCGAAGGCUACCUAGUGACCUACACCCCUCUGGCGCCCGGCCACUAUCUCAUCUCCAUCAAGUACGGUGGCCCCUACCACAUUGUGGGCAGCCCCUUCAAGGCCAAGAUCACCGGCCAGCACCUCGUAACCAGCCACAGCCUCCACGAGACGUCCUCAGUCCUGGUAGACGCGGGCAGCAGGACCCUGGCGGCCGCCCCCCGCAGCGCCAGCCCCAAACCCCCCUCCGACGCCAGCAAGGUGGCGGCCAAGGGCCUCGGCCUCAACAAGGCAUUCGUCGGGCAGAAGAACUCCUUCACUGUGGACUGCAGCAAAGCAGGUUCGAACAUGCUACUUGUUGGCGUCCACGGCCCCAAAGUGCCCUGUGAAGAGGUUCUGGUGAAGCACCUCGGGGGCAAACUCUACAGCGUGUCCUACAUCCUCAAGGAGAAAGGCAACUACACCCUCGUGGUGAAGUGGGGAGACGAUCACAUCCCCGGCAGCCCCUUCCAAGUCACCGUCCCCUGAUCCAACCCACCCUCCUACCAGCUUUGCACUCUGUUCCUGACUCCUGCUUCUGACGAUUAAAACGCUUGUGGUGUAGUUCGGGGUGGAGAGAGCUGGCGGGGUGUAUGGGACUGCGGGGUGGGGGGAAUAGCUCUCCAGCAUCCGCCUGCCCUUUCCAUGUUCUGGGUUUUGUCUCUGCUGAGAGAGUGGAGGGGGAGCUCUCCCACCACACCCCUACCCCGAUUAAGCGGGACUCACUCGUCGGUCUCUCUUCACCGGAGGGGAGUCACUCACAGUCAGGAUUUCUGACCGGUGCUUUUGCUCUGUAGCCUGUCACGGGCUGGGUUGUGUCUCUUUUCCUUAUAGCGCACAUCGCAACCAAAAACGACCAAUUAAAACUCUAUUGUAUAAUAAUC